AUGUUGUCGUUGUUCUUCUCCUCUCCACCAAUCCCGAGCCAUCCAAUUUUCGAUCGUCGCCUUCUCCAUCGUCCUUCCAUCUCGAGCCAUCCUAAUUUCAGUCGCCGUUGUAGUCGUUCUUCUUCCUCUACCACUCUCGACCCAUCCACUUUACAAUCGUCGCAUUCUCCUGUCCAGUGUCCCCGAGCCAUCCUAAUUUCAGUCGCCGUUGUCGUCGUUCUUCUCUUCUCUACCAAUCCCGAGCCAUCCAUCUUACAAUCGUCGCCUUCACCACAUCCAUUUAAGUCCGGUCCGAUGUCGUUAUCCGUCCACUUCUCCCAUCAACUCCAACCAUCUGAAUCCCGACAUCGUUGCUCUUCUUUCCACUGA